AUGUCAGCAUUUCCUGACAGGGCAAAAGUUGUCAUCGUUGGUCUGGGCGGCAUUGUCGGCGCGUCAGUUGCACACCACCUCAUAGAGCGCGGCUGGGAUGAUAUCGUUGGCAUUGAUAAGUCCGGCAUUCCGACAGAUAUCGGCUCAACAGCGCACGCUUCCGAUUUCUGCUACACGACAAGCCACGACUACCUUUCCGUCUGGACGACCCAGUAUUCCAUCGACUUCUUUGAAAAGAUGGGACACUACGCCCGCGUUGGCGGUCUUGAGAUCGCUCGUACCGGCGACGACGCGUGGAUGGAGGAAAUCAAGCGGAAAGUGACAUCGGGAAAGGCGUUCGGCACGAAUGUACGUCUUGUCAGCCCUGCCGAGAUCAAGGAAAAGUUUCCGCUGAUCGAAGAAGACCUGGUUCAGGGCGGUAUGUGGGAUCCGGACGCUGGCCUGGUCAUACCGCGGUCGCAGACUGUCGCCGGCAAGCUCGUCGACGAGGGGGAAAAGACCGGAAAACUGAAGGCAUUCGCAAACACACCCGCACAGUCCCUGAUUGUUGAAGGUGGCCGCAUCAAGGGCGUUGUUACGCACCGCGGCACGAUCAUGGCCGACCAUGUCAUCGUUUGCGCUGGACUGUGGGGACGUCAGAUCGCCGAAAUGGUCGGGGAGGAUCUCCCAGUCAUGCCCGUCGACCACCCCUUGACGUUCUUUGGCCCCUACAACGAAUUCGAGGGGACCGGCAAGGACAUCGGGUAUCCGUUACUGCGUGACCAGGGCAAUUCGGCCUAUAUGCGUGAUACGGGUGAUCCGAAGACGGCCGAAGGCGGCCAGAUCGAGUGGGGUUAUUACGAAACGACGCAUCCGCGCAUGUGUCACCCGCGCGAUAUUCUGGAAAAGAACCAGGCACGGCUGUCGCCUUCCCAGCGCGAUCUUGAAAUGGAACAGGUCAUCGAACCGCUAGAACGCGCGAUGGAACUGACACCGAUCCUGGGCGAGCUUGGCUACAACGAGGGCCAUUCCUUCAAUGGUCUGCUUCAGGUCUCGGCCGCCGGAGGACCGUCUUGCGGAGAAAGCCAGAAGGUCCGUGGUCUUUGGUAUUGUGUUGCCAUCUGGGUCAAGGACGGACCGGGUUACGGCAAACUGAUUGCUGACUGGAUCACCGACGGCCGGACGGAAAUCGACCAUGCCACGAUCGAUUAUUCGCGUUUCUAUGCGCACCAGCUGACCGAAGAAUUCAUCGAGGGUCGCUGCUAUGAGGCCGCUCAGAAGAUUUAUUUCCCGGCCAUUCACCCGCGCGAACCCUAUGCCAACGGUCGAAACGUAAAGCGGUCCCCGUUUUACGAACGGGAAGUUGAACUCGGCGGACACUUCAUGGAGCUUGGCGGUUGGGAGCGUGCGCACGGCUACGCCGCCAAUGAGCAUCUGCUGGAAAAAUACGGCAACAGGGUCCCGGUUCGCGAGUCGGAGUGGGACAGUCGUCAUUUCUGGCGCGUUUCGAAUGCCGAACAGCUUGCCCUGAGUGAAGAUUGCGGCAUCAUCAACCUGUCGCAUUUUUACAUGUUCGACGUCGAGGGUCCGGAUCACGUCGAGCUGAUGGAGUGGUUAUGCGCCGCAAGGAUCGGUGGGGACAACAACGUGGGCAAGGGGAUCUACACCCAUUUCCUGGAUGACGAAGGCAAUGUGCGUGCGGACCUGACCGUGUUCCGCAUGGCCGAUCGAUGCCGCAUCGUCGAUGGGGCCGAUGCCGGGCCUCGCGACUGUCUUUACGUGAAGCGCGUAGCCGAGGAAAAAGGCUUCAAGGUUACUGUUACCGAUGUGAGCGAGACAUUCACGACCAUUGGUAUCUGGGGACCGAACGCGCGCGACAACCUCAAGAAAGUCGUGUCUGACCCUGUUGCGCUCGAUCCGGAUAACUUCCCAUUCGCGGCAAUCCGGUCGAUCGAGAUCGCCGGCAAACCGGUCUCUGCGCUCCGCCUCUCCUAUGUCGGUGAACAGGGUUGGGAACUGCACAUGAAAUAUGAGGACGGGCUUGCUGUCUGGGAUGCUUUGCGCGCGGUUGGUGUCAUGGCUGUUGGCGUCGAAACCUACGCCAACUCCAGGCGCAUGGAAAAGAGCCUGCGUUUGCAGAAUGCCGACCUGUUGACCCAGUACAAUCUCUAUGAAGCGGAUCUGGCGCGCCCGAAGGUAAAGGAGGCCGAUUUCCGCGGCAAGGCCAAGCACCUUGAAUACCGUGCCCGUGACAGGCAGCCCGCCAUGCUAUGUACACUGGUGAUGACCGAAAACACCGAUGCCAGCGGCGUGAAGCGUUAUCCGGUUGGGGCAAUGCCGGUGAUGGAUCCGGAGACCGGCAAGACACUUGUAGACAGCCUCGGCCGAAUUUCCUACACGACCUCCGUUGCUUACGGUCCGACGAUCGGAAAGAACAUCGCGCUGGCCUAUCUGCCGCAGGACUAUUGUGAAGUCGGUCGCAAGCUGACUGUCGAAUACAUGUCAGAAACCUAUCCCGCGGAAGUCGCCGGUGUCGGCUAUCAGCCUCUCUACGAUCCGGAGAACCUCAAGCCGAGAAGUUGA